UCACAAAUUUUAAUCAGCUGCCAAAGCUGCGCCAGCAAACAUCAACGAACUUAAGACCCGGCCUAAAGAAAGCCGAGAAUAAUUAAACUUAGUUAAGAACUAGAACUGUGUGAAGUGUUUAGAGUGAAAUGGCGACCAAAUUGACCUGUGUGUGCAUUGUACUCCUGCAAUUUAUGAACUUGGCACUUGCUGAUGUCUCUCACUUGGAUUACUCUAUUACACCCAGCUCCCAGCUGGCCUAUUACCAUUAUCCCGCUCCCAACAGGCCAGCUGUUCAGCGAUCCCAGAGAACCCAGUACCAACAGGUCCAGCAGUAUCCUCAUGUGGCUCGUCAGUUCGCCGAGCCGGCUUUGGAGCAGGCUGCCUUUACCCAGGCCUUGACCAGUCAAGGUUAUGUAUUUGGAGCACCCUCGGCGCCUCUUCAGGUGGCUCCCUCGGCACCAAAACCCCAGCAGGUGGCAAGGCCUGCCGCUGCUUCGGGAUCUGCCACAGGUCGCUCUAUAGCCUCGGCGGCAGUGGAUGCCAACUCUCUGAAUCUCAAGCUGCCAGUGCCAUUUGGAAUUGCUCCUCUGAAUGUGGCGCAACUACCGCUGCAAGCUGGAGCCCCCUAUGCCAGUGUGCCACGGACUACAGGCCUCACUUCCUAUGGAACACCCCAGAUCCAGAGGCGCUAAUCUACUAAUCCCAACACCUAAAUAGAAUAAUAAUAAAUUUAACAGAGCCAGAGCCAUCCCGACUGAUCAUCAAACUGCGAUGACUUCUGCUCUUAGUGAAUACACAUUGAUAAUAAACUUGCCAUCUAAGCUUA